AUGUCACAAGGCAACACGGUCGAGAUAUCGCCGAGAACAAAACUUCUUCAACAGCCGAGUAUAUACAAGCAGGACGUGGAAUCGCUUUUGGCCGAUGGUUCCAAUUUCAACAAAUGGAAACGCGGGCUCACGCGCGUUAUACUUCUCACCCUGGGUCACGCCAAUUUUUUCGACAAGGCCGAAAAUUUCUCCAAGUUGUCGACUCAGGAAAACACAUGUCUCUUAUUUCUCAUCCAGAUCACAGUUCAUGAUGAACUCUCUUCUCUUGUUGAUCAAUACACGACCGGAACCGAGGCGUACUCAGCAGUUGAAACAAACUUUCAAGGCACCAUACGCUUUCGACAAAUGGAACUGGUCGAUAGACUCAUGGAAUUACAAAUCUCGGGACCUCCAACUGACCCAUCAAACAUCCCUGGUCUAUUCAACAAGGCAUUCAAUAUAUUCUCCGACUUGCAGAAGGUUGGAGCAUCCCUUUCUCCCCUCGUGGAGAGUCUCAUUCUCCAAUCCAUCGUUCCGCCGCCACCAUCAAUGUCUCGAUCUCAAUUAUUUCAAAAUAUUUCACUUCAACUUGGCACAAAAGCUGAUGUAUCCGCAAGGGAUAUUCAAGCAAUUCUCACAUUGGCUUAUGGCGAAACCGUUUGUUUUGAUCCGUCCACCACGGCGGUUCCAGCAGUGUUCCGAACUUGGCAUAAUCAACCACCCAGCACCCAAUGGGGACCGCCUCGACAAUCAAACCAGCAAUCCCGACAAGACCGAACUCAACGACAGACUUUGCAGCAACGUCCAAUGGGUUCGACAAGCAACGCAACCCGCAGCCAGAACGUCGGCACACCAGGCAACCCGACUAUUGAUGACAUCGCAGCGGCCAUCAACAACAUUCGGAAAGGAAACACCGGCCCGAGCGAUCCAAACCUUCUCUCUGGCAAACCCUGCCUGUACUGUGGGGUUUUGGGACACUGGAGAUCAACAUGUCCGACACUCCGCAGAGACGCCGGCCUGCAACCUCCCAAUAACCCUACAUUUGGUCGCCCCGCUUCCGGUUUCGCCCGCCAAGCCGCACCUCCAAACGACCCUCCCACUAGACUUGAAGAGAAUCCGGCGGUUCGAUCUGCAGUGGGAGCGGAUGCGACAGGUGCCACUGGCGUUGGCACAGUUUUGGAUUCUGGGGCGACCCACCCCGUGAGCGGCUCUUUCCACCAGUUUUCUUAUCUUUCCCCUUUAUGUCCACCAGUCAGGCUGAAUUUGGCGUCCGCUUCGGGGUACAUGUUGGCGACUCAUAGUGGACACCUCAAGAUAACCAGUGGGGCUGGUAUCCUGGCGGUGCCACAGGUGCUAUACAGCCCGGAAAUGAAGGGCACGCUCCUUAGUCUCGGCCAAUUCAUCGACUCAGGAUUUAAACCGGAAUUCUUAUCGAACAACGACAUAAGGCUUCAAUCUUCUUUUCUUUCAUUCACCGCUCAAUAUCAAAACCGGUCCUGGAUUAUUUCUCAUCAGUCUAUUCAUCCUAUAUUUCCUUCUAUUCAAUCCAUAACUCCUAACGUCUUGAUCAAUUCACCCUCUUACGACUGGCACUGCCGACUAGGACAUGUAUCCGACGGCACGGUGAAAGACUUUCUACGGCGAUUUGUUCCGACUUUUGAUUUGAAAUCAUGGACCCCGUUUAUUUGCGAAACGUGCAAAACAUGCAAAAGUGAACGGCGACAACACCAUCUUCCCAACGUGGUCAAAUUUGAUGAGCGACUUGAUUUACUUGUAACAGACGUUCUAGGACCCCUCGACCCGGACAUCAACGGACACUGUUUCCUGUUAACAGUCAGGGAUCAUGCGACAACGUAUUCAUUCAUAUUCCCCAUGAAGACUUGCUCCGAGGUUCUGUCCAUUAUCAUUGCCUUGAUCAAGCGAAUCUUUUCGGUUUUUAAACUAGCUCCUAAAUUUAUCCGCUGCGACAACGGCGGUGAAUACACAUCUAAAACUUUUGAAUCUUAUCUUUCUUCAGUCGGUACCUCUAUAUUGUUCACAUCUCCUUACACUCUGGAACAGAACGGCGAGGCAGAACGGUUGAAUCGGACUCUUGGCGAUAUCGCCCGGACGACACUCCAGCAUUCUUCCCUACCAGAUUCCCUUUGGUCUUACGCAUAUCGAUGUGCAUGCUACUUAAUUAAUCGGAUUUCUAAUUCUCGAUGCAAAUCAAGCCCACUUGAAUUAUGGUCGAACCGGGAACCUUCGGCGACGUCAUUCUAUCCUUUCGGCACCAAGGCUUGUAUUCACAUACCCAAGGAACGGCGGCGCAAGCUUGAUACUCGUGGAUGGAUAGGAUAUCUGGUCGGCUAUCAAGACGACGAACAAGGAUGGUUCUUCUGGAACCCGAUGACUCGAAAAGUCGUUAACUCAGAGUGUGCUGAGUUCUUAGACUUUCAAGGGAAACAACUAAUCCCUGCUCCGAACCUAUCUUCUAACACUUUGUCUGUCCGUAGAACACUUCACCUCGGCCACGAGACAACCAAGCAGGUUUGUGAGUCUCAAGACGCUCAGAUCGACGAAAUUCAAGCGAUUUCCGACGCCGAUAUUCCCUGCAGCCUGAAGAGCGCGCUGGCGAGUCCCGAGAAGGAAAGCUGGCGCGCAGCAUGCAUGACUGAAUGGGAUCAACUCGUCCAGAUUGACACUUUCGACAUUGAAGAGAAGGAAAAGAAGCAUUCGAUAGGCACGUGGUUUGUGUUUGACAUCAAACGGCGAUCGGACGGCUCUGUGGAGAAACUCAAAGCUAGAUUCGUAGUCCGAGGUUUCAGGCAAAAACUCGGACGGGAUGUAAAGUCAACGUUUGCGCCGACGGCGUCCCUGACCACUUUACGACUCUUACUCACUUUGGCAAUCAUCAACAAGUGGAAGAUUAACUCCUUCGACAUAACUGGCGCCUUUGUUCAUAGCCCCAUCGAUGAAACCAUCUUUGUAGAUCCGCCCGUUGAGCUUUUCCGGCAUCUUAAAGGAAAAGUAUUGAAACUGAAGAAAGCGCUUUAUGGAACUCGACAAGCCAGUCGAUGCUGGUGGAAGCACUUCAAAGGCCUUCUGCAAACUUGGGGGUUCGAUUGCAAUGAAGUAGAGGAAUGUCUAUACAGGUAUAAGAAAGGGAAAUCAAUCAUUAUUAUAUGGAUUCACGUGGACGACGGAAUCGUGUUCAGCAACAACGAUGCCGCCUUGCAACAUCUCCGACGGAAACUCGAAGACAAUCUCAGAGUCAAAUGGGACGAUCGACCAGACAAGCUUGUUGGCAUCAAGAUGGAGUAUGAAAACGACGCAAUAUACCUCAGUCAACCUCUGUUGAUCGAACAGACAAUCAAGAAAUUCCAAUCUGAAGUGCAACGUAACAUUAUACCGACCUACACACCAUUAGCCGGGGAUAAAAUGGUGACCUCAUACAAUGCCCUGAUUAACGCAACACUCUAUCAAUCUCUGAUCGGAUCUCUAAAUUACAUUGCGCUUGGAUCCAGACCAGAUUUAAGCUUUGCGGUGAAUUUCCUUGCUCGAUUCAGCUCAAACCCGGAUAACACGCAUUGGAACGGACUUAAACAUCUUGUCCAAUAUCUGGCGACGACUCAAGACAAACAACUCAAAUUGGAAUACUCAAACGGCGAAUUGGUAACUUGGGCCGAUGCAAAUUGGGGGGGGGAGUUUCAGCGAUCUACCUCGGGAUUUAUCAUCAAGUUCAUGGGGAGUCCCAUCGCCUGGGGGUCUUGA